ACCAAGAUGACUGAUUGUUCAGAGCUCACUUUCAAUAUUGAUCAUGGUUAUCUGGAGGGUUUGGUGCGAGGACUUAAGGCUGGGCUCCUUACUCAGACGGACUAUCACAAUCUGGCCCAGUGUGACACACUUGAAGAUAUGAAGUUGCACCUUCAGAGUACAGAUUACGGCAAGCUGCUGUGCUCAGCUGAGGAGGACCUUACCGUGUCUCUGGUGGACCGCAAACUGAGGGACAACCUGGUCACUGAAUUCAACUGCCUCCGCUCCAACAGUCUGCCACCGCUCUCCACCUUCCUUGAUUAUAUAACCUACGGCUACAUGAUUGACAACGUGGUGAUGCUGAUCACCGGAGCCCUGAAACAGAGGCAGGUCGAAGAACUACUUCCACGUUGUCAUCCCCUCGGUGCAUUUGAGCAAAUGGCAGCCGUGGGCAUCGCCCGCACUCCGACGGAACUCUACACAACAAUCCUGGUUGACACUCCGCUCGGUCAGUUUUUCCAGGAAGCUGUGUCAGAAUCAAACUUGGAUGAGAUGGAGGCUGAAAUACUGAGAAACAAACUUUAUAAGGUGACAACCACUUGUAAUACGCAAAAUGUUUCUUCAUCAGUUUCGAUAUCAUGCUUGAUUUUCUCUGUAUGUACUUUAAAGGCAUAUUUAGAGUCAUUUCACUCUUUCUGCAAGAACAUUGGUGGUGCCGCAAAGGAUAUCAUGUGUCCGAUUUUGGAGUUUGAGGCAGACAGACGAGCCUUCAUCAUUACUGUCAACUCCUUCGGGACAGACCUGAGUAGUGCAGAUCGGAGCUCACUGUUUCCAUCUUGUGGUAAACUUUACCCUGAAGGGCUGCAAUUGCUGUCCAAAGCCGAAGACCAGGAACAAGUCAAAGCGGUCGCUGACUAUUAUCCUGAUUAUCAAAUUGUUUUUAACAACCAAGACCCACAGUGUGAUUACAAGACUCUGGAAGACAGAUUUUUUCAGCAAGAGGUGAAGCUGAACACACUUACGUUCCUCCAGCAGUUCCACUUUGGCGUGUUUUAUUCCUUCGUCAAACUGAAGGAGCAGGAGAUCCGCAAUAUUAUCUGGAUUGCCGAGUGUGUCACUCAGAGACAAAAGUCCAAGAUACACAAUUACAUCACCACUUUUCAGGGUACAAGUUAAGGGGUGAACGGUAAAGAUCUGGAUGAGACACGUGGAAAAACAACUGAAUUUAAUAAAACAAGUUAAAGUUGAA